AUGGGAGCUUUUAUCCCCUACAAGCCUUUUUAUGCAGCUAAUUCGAAGGAAUCACUUAUUGCAAUUGAUGAUUUUGACGGUAUGCCUCCUGAAGAUGCUCUUUUUGCACACCCAAGGCUUUUCAGGGCAUGUGUUCCUCCAGGCAUGCAUCGAUUCCGUGGAAAUAUAUGGGAUUAUGAUAGCAGACCUGGAGUUAUGAAAACAUUGGGAUAUCCCUUAGCAAUGACAGAUCGAAUUCCAGAGAUUACUGAAGCCAGGAAUAUAGAACUUGGGCUUGGGUUGCAGCUUUCUUUCUUACACCCGUCAAAAUACAAAUUUGAACAUCCUCGAUUUUGCUUCGAGAGGCUAGAAUAUGUUGGCCAAAAGAUCCAGGAUCUUGUAAUGGCUGAGAGACUGCUUAUGAAGCAUCUGGAUGCUCCAGGGAGAUGGUUACAGGAGAAGCAUCGUCGUGUUCUGAUGAACAAGUUCUGUGGGAAGUACUUGAGGGAAAAGAAUCUUCACCGCUGCAUCAUUUACAGUGAAGAGGUACAAGAUGCAUACGAGCAUAACCGAAGACUCAGGGGUCCAGCCACUACUUCUGUUCAACAAGCCAUUCAUGGGCUCUCAUACACAGUAUACGGAAAGCCAGAUGUGAGACGCCUCAUGUUCGAGGUUUUUGACUUUGAACAAAUCCAACCUAAAGCAGUAUGA